AGGCGAGCGUUCUCCACGCUCAGUCUGUAUACAGCUGGCGGGCGAUGCGAACCUCUGUACCGGUAUCAGUCGACAACAACACGAUAAACAGCAAAACUUGGCUGUAAGCUAUAUCUCCAUAGCCAGAGACAGUACUAACAUAAAACGACUUGCAAUAAUUUCCUUCUCGAUAAUCCAGCCGUUCGAAUUUUAAACAACUUUGAGAACUAUUUAAAAAAGUGCGUUCGUUCUUUCAUUUUUGUUUUUAGACGUUGCAUAUAUUUUUUUUUAAUUUAGUGAUAGUUUUGUAAAUAAUUAGACAGUGAGUUUGACGUUAAGUAUUAAAGAUUAUUUGUUUGUGGAGUUUUACGUGUGUUUUAGUGGACCAGCUGAAUAAAUAAGGCGCCUCGAUAAAGAUCCCAUAAAACAUCAGUAUCAAACCUCGCCAGUCAAAAAUGGACUGGCGUAGAACAAACUAUCAUGAAUGGAAGAUAGUAAGGAGCUAACAUGGUCUCCAUCUACAACGGCAGCGGUCAUGAAGACUUGGCUGCUGUAACCAGCCGAUAUGUCCCUGCCGCAAUGUCUCUCAACGGCACCGCCUAUUUGGGAGGAGGAGUCCUAAUCCUCACCAAGACUCUCACCGGGGAAUCAGUAGAAGUGAUAGACGAACCCAAAGCUAACAAAACAACUGAUAUCAUCGAUGUUAAAAUUGUCCAAGUUGCCUUUUGUAUUUUAUACACAAUCAUCUUCGUUUUGGGAGUUUUUGGCAAUGUUCUCGUCUGCUAUGUCGUCUUCCGCAACAGAGCGAUGCAAACCGUCACAAACCUCUUCAUCACAAACUUAGCCCUGUCCGACAUACUACUAUGCGUAUUCGCUGUGCCUUUGACGCCAAUGUACACAUUUCUAGGAAGAUGGGUUUUCGGAAGACUCCUUUGCCAUCUAAUGCCAUACGCACAAGGCACCAGUGUUUACAUAUCUACGUUAACACUAACAUCAAUAGCUAUAGACAGAUUCUUUGUCAUCAUAUACCCUUUUCACCCAAGAAUGAAAUUGAACACCUGUAUACUUAUUAUAAUAUUCAUAUGGGUAUUCUCCCUGGUCGUAACCUGCCCCUACGGCCUCUUCAUGGGAAUACAAACGACGAACAAUAGAACCUACUACUGCGAAGAAAGUUGGCCUUCCGAUAAAUCAAGAAAAAUAUUUGGAGUUUUCACUACGGUAUUACAAUUUCUAAUACCAUUUUUAAUAAUAGCUAUAUGUUAUACAUGCGUUAGUAUAAGAUUGAAUGACCGAGCGAGGUCGAAACCAGGUGCUAAGAAUACCAGGAGAGAAGAAGCGGACAGAGAUAGGAAAAGACGCACAAAUAGAAUGCUCAUAUCAAUGGUGGCCAUAUUUGGGAUAUCCUGGCUGCCUCUGAACUUGAUCAAUAUUUUCAACGACUUCUAUGCCCAGAUGACAGAGUGGAAUUAUUACUUUGUAUCAUUCUUUCUCGCUCAUUCUAUGGCGAUGGCGUCAACGUGCUACAACCCUUUCCUAUACGCAUGGUUGAACGAGAACUUCAGGAAAGAGUUCAAACAGGUGCUUCCGUUUUUUGAAUCAACGGGUGGGGUGAGAAACAGUUAUCAUUCUGGUCGCAUGCCAACUCACAAGGCUGACAAAAUAUGUAACGGAAAUGAUACUAUUCAAGAAACUUUGUUGGCUUCGUCAUUCAAUAGAGGGCCGUCAAUAAAGCAGCGGAUAUUGGAAGGGAAUGGAAAGAAAGAUAAUGGGGUGGAAGUGGAGAAUAUUAUAUUAGAAGAUAAGGUGUUAUCAGCUACGUACCACACGAAAAGCGAAAACGUAAACCUGCAGUUAAUAGAUGAAGAAUCACAACAAAGUGAAACUAGGGAGACGAAAUCACCAAUGUAAUUAUCCAAAUUCGCGACAACGAUUUUCAAAAACGAAGAAUUCGUACAAUGUAAAAUAGUAAUUAACACAUAGUAAAUAAAGUUUAUGUUUUUUUACAUUUUUAUCUAAGUAAUUAAAAA